AUGCUUAUUAAAGAAUACCAUCACGAUGUCCCUACAGUUGCGGAUGGCAAUGGCUCCAUGCGUAGGGCUUUCCUAAACCUUCUCUACCCCGCCAUCAAACUAAAGGCACUUGCAGGAAUAUACGUCUUCCACCCCUCUAUCCCAGGAUACCCCAACGCCCGCUUCCCCGGGGUAGUCGUAUUCAGCGAGAUCUACCAGGUUACCGGCCCCGUCGCGCGCUUCGCCCGCCAGAUCGCCGGCCAGGGCUACAUCGUCGCCUGCCCGAGCAGCUACCAUGAAUUUACGGGCCCUGAGGCGCUCUCAUACAAUGCAGAAGACACAGACAAAGGAAACGAGUGGAAGGUCUCCAAGAAACUCUCUGCAUACGAUGAGGACGCAUCGCUUUCUGUGUCGUAUCUGAUUUCUCUACCAACAUGUACGGGACGUAUUGGGGCCACAGGCAUGUGUCUCGGUGGACAUCUCGCGUACAGAUGUGCACUUGAUGAAAGAGUUAAGGCAGCUGUUUGUUAUUUUGCAACGGAUAUUCAUUCGCAUACCCUAGGGAAGGGGAAGAAUGACGACAGUUUGGCCAGGGCAGGAGACAUUAAGGGAGAACUUGUUAUGAUUUUCGGCAAGAAUGACACGCAUGUUCCCCCAGAAGGACGGGACUUGAUUCGCUCGACGCUCCAUGAGAAAGGCGUGCUGUUUAGCUUUUAUGAGGUUGCUUGGGCGCAGCACGCGUUUAUCCGCGACGAGCUCAGCAAAGGCCGCUACGACCCUGCCAUCAGCAAGGUGUGUUUCGAAAUGCUCCUCGAGCUAUUUGGACGGACACUGAAGCUGGACCUUGGCGAUCAUGAUGGGAAGGAGGUCAAGGUUGACGAUGUUUGUUAGCAUGUCAGUAAAUCUCCUAGCCUAGGUAUCUAGGUAGAGGCGUCAAAGGCCAAUCUCAUCAGGUCAGGUCAGCUACGGCCAAA